AUGACAGGCGACACGCAGAAAAGGGAGCAUGCUGGCCAUUCCCACCACCACCAUCACCACGACAACACGUUCCUGCUGUCCAAGAACAAGAAUGACGCUGGCGUGCGCAUCACCAAGAUUGGCCUCUACGUCAACUUGGGCAUGGCCGUCAGCAAGGGCUUUGGAGGCUACGUCUUCAACAGCCAGGCACUCAUCGCCGAUGCUAUCCACAGUCUCACCGACCUCGUGAGCGACAUCAUGACGCUCGCAACUGUCGGCUGGUCCCUCAAGCCGCCCACCAACCGCUUCCCCAGCGGAUACGGAAAGGUGGAGAGUUUGGGCUCGCUCGGUGUCAGCGGCAUCCUGCUUGCAGGAGGCUUCUUCAUGGGCUGGACCGCUCUACUUGCCCUCUGCAAGCAGUUCUUCCCCGAAGCCGCCGAGAUAGCUGAGCACUGGGGGCUUAUACCGCAUCAUCACCACCAUCACGGCAUCGAGGAUAUGGGCCCCAACAUCAAUGCUAUCUGGCUCGCUGCUGGCUCAAUCGUCAUCAAGGAGUGGCUGUACCGAGCGACUCUCAAGAUCGCCAAAGAACGCAAGUCCACCGUCCUCGCUUCCAACGCCUACCACCACCGCGUAGACUCUCUCACCGCUUUUGUCGCUCUCCUCCUAAUCGCCGGUUCAAACGUGCUCAACAACGCAAAAUGGUUGGACCCUGUUGGUGGAUUGGUCAUCUCGCUCAUGGUCGUCCAAGCUGGCUGGGGAAACACCAAGCAGGCGCUCUUAGAACUGGCAGACGUCGGCGUAGACCAGGAGAUGAAGGACAACAUUCGGAAGGCCGCGACUAGCGCUGUCGAGGGCGUCACUACCACAUCGGAGCCAGUGAACGUACGGGCAAUUCAGGGUGUCAAGGCUGGGCAGAACUAUCUUAUGGAUGUUGAAAUUGGCGUAUCAAGUGCGUGGACCAUUGAGCAGACACGCGACGUCGAGAACCUCAUCCGGGAGCGCAUCGGUGCCAAUGUGCGCGGAGUGAAGAAGGUGCGUGUGCGCUUUGUAGCCAACUCGGCGGAGGCACCAGACUUUCUCGAUGAGUUCAUACCUGGCGACCCUACUGCGACACCGAACCCAGCAUCGGAAGGACAACAUGAUCACGACCACGACCACAAUCACGACCAUAAACACGAGACCACCGAUACCGACGCAAGGCGAAGGAAGUGA